GGUUCGCUCUGUUAAUCCUCAAAUGUUCAAAUCACUGUGUGUUCCAAUAAUUCUAAGUGAUACACUUGCGUGAAUUCGUACAGCACAGAUGACGUUAUUAGUAAUUGCAAACUGUUGAGUGCUUGUCUUUUGUAUUCUUCUUUGCUGUAAAGGAUCUUAACUGAAAAACCGUUUACUGCCUAAUUCUCUAACAUGGUGUAUCAUUGGCAGAGUCAAAAUGUUAAAGUUUCCGGAGUGGAUGAUAUGGUUCUGCUCCCGAAAAUUAAUGAAGACGCUAUUGUAGAAAAUCUUCGAAAAAGAUAUAUGGACGAUUAUAUAUUUACGUGUAUAGGAUGCGUACUGGUAUCGGUGAAUCCUUUCAAACAGAUGCCGUAUUUUGGAGAAAAGGAGAUAGAAAUUUAUCAAGGAGCGGCACCAUAUGAAAAUCCUCCACAUAUUUAUGGAUUAACAGAUGAUAUGUACAGAAAUAUGUUAAUUGAUAAGGAAAGUCAAUGUGUUAUCAUUAGCGGAGAGUCUGGUGCUGGAAAAACAGUUGCAGCUAAAUAUAUUAUGUCCUAUAUAGCAAGAGUUAGCGGUGGUGGCGCGCGAGUUCAAAGAGUAAAAGAUGUAAUUCUAGAAUCCAAUCCUCUGUUGGAAGCUUUUGGCAAUGCAAAAACCACACGGAAUAACAAUAGUAGCAGAUUUGGAAAAUACGUGAAGAUGCAAUUUGAUUCCGGUGGUCUAUCGGUCGGUGGAAAAAUUUUAAAUUUUUUGUUGGAAAAAUCCAGAGUUACUUGCCAUAACCAUGGUGAAAGGAAUUUUCAUAUAUUUUAUCAACUUGUAACUGGGGCAAAUCAGCAAAUGAAAUCUGAAUUUGGAUUAACUAAUUUGGACUAUUAUCAAUACCUCAGUUAUGGUGGAAAUUAUAGGGUCGAAGGAAUGAAUGACGCCCAUGACUUUCAAGAAACCUUAAAGGGGCUUAGUGUAAUGGGGAUAAGCGACGUGGAAGUAAUCGAUAUUUUGAGGCUCGUUGCAGGAAUACUUCAUUUAGGAAAUAUUCAAUUUAUCGAAAAGGGAAAUAAUUCAGAAAUUUAUGAUAAACAGUCUCUUGAUUUUCCAGCUUAUUUGCUUCAAGUAUCGGCGGAACAGUUGGCUUGUAAAUUAACGUCUCGAAAAUUUGAAUCUAAAUGGGGAGCUCAGUCUGAAAGUGUUGAUGUUAUUUUAAAUGUAGAGCAGGCUCUUUAUACCCGUGAUGCCUUGGCAAAGAACAUCUAUGCUAGACUCUUUGAUUAUUUAGUUAAAAAAGUGAACUCAGCUAUGGAGACAAAUACAGGAGGUCUUGAGAUUGGGAUUCUGGACAUUUAUGGUUUUGAGAUCUUCGAGAAAAAUGGUUUCGAACAAUUUUGUAUUAAUUUUGUCAACGAAAAACUACAGCAGAUUUUCAUUGAGUUAACUUUAAAGGCUGAACAGGAGGAAUACGUAGCGGAAAAUAUUAAAUGGACACCGAUUGAAUAUUUCAACAAUGCAAUUGUAGUGGAUCUUUUGGAAGGGAAACGAUUACCAGGGCUUUUCUUGGUGCUGGAUGACGUAUGUGCUACCCUUCAUGGAGGUAGCACCGGAGCUGAUGCAGAUUUGCAGAAAAAACUAUCAGUGGUAGCUAAUAAACAUGAACAUUACCAAAGUACAAGCGAGGGAUUCGCUAUUUCUCACUAUGCUGGAAUGGUCUCUUAUUCAGUCGAUGGAUUUUGUGAUAAAAAUCGUGACGUACUAUUCUUAGAUCUCGUGGAAUUAAUGCAGACCAGUACGAACUCCUUAAUUCGCACAUUAUAUUUACACGAUACUCAAGCGAAUAAAACAAAAACGCUCAAGUCGAGGCCUACCACUGCUGGUAAUAAAAUACGAGAGCAAGCUAGUCAAUUGGUCAAUCAGUUGAUGAAAUGUACUCCACAUUACAUCAGGUGUAUCAAACCGAACGAGACGAAAAGACCUCGAGAUUGGGAUCCAGUUAGAGUGAAACAUCAGGUAGAAUAUUUGGGUUUAAAGGAAAAUAUAAGAGUACGUAGAGCUGGUUUCGCAUACAGAAGAUCGUUCUCUAAAUUUUUAUAUAGAUACGGAAUCCUCACGAAACAAACUUGGCCACGUUGGUCGGGGGAUGAUAAACAAGGAGUAGAAUGGAUAUUACAAAAUCUUCACGUUGAUCGAUCCCAGUAUCAGCUAGGUAGAACGAAAUUGUUCAUAAAGGCCCCUGAAAGCCUGUUUAUGUUGGAGGAAGCGAGAGAUAGAAAGUAUAAUUCGUACGCAAGAGUGAUUCAAAGAGCGUUUAAAAAGUAUUUCGCAAGAAAACGGCAAAAUGAAGAGAAACAGGAAGCGGCUGAUUUGUUAUUUGAUAGAAAAGAACGGAGAAGAGCUAGCCUGAAUAGAAAUUUUGUUGGCGAUUACAUAGGGUUAGAAGGAAAACCACAGUUGAUGAAUUUAGUUGGUAGAAGAGAAAAAGUUUUCUUCGCUGAGGUAGCGAAGAAAUACGAUCGAAGAUUUAAGAUGAGUAGAAGGGAUCUUAUCUUAACGAAUAAAUAUUUAUACUUAAUCGGUCGGGAACAAAUUAAAAAGGGUCUGGAGAAGAAAAAAUUGGUAGAAGUUAUAAAAAGAAAGCUUUCGUUCAAUCAAAUUAGUCACGUGUCAUUGAGUACUCUUCAAGAUGAUUUUCUUAUUAUUCAUACAAAGGAAGAUUACUGCAGUUUGUUGGAAUUAGUGUUUAAGACGGAAUUUUUAAUUAGUCUUAAUAAGAGAUAUCUUAAAGAAACUGGGCACACCUUGAACAUCAAAUUUAGUAAUAAUUUAGAGUUUAAGGUGAAAAAAGAAGGUUGGGGUGGUGGGGGUACAAGACAAGUAAAGUUCACCCAAAUUGAUUAUGGUGAUAAGGAGAUUUUGAAACCAAAUGGAAAAAUCCUUAAUGUUUGGAUUGGACCAGGAUUACCAAAUACAACUAAACCAAAUACAAACCUAUCUACAACGACGUUAAGAAAUAAACAACAUCAUAGGCCGAAUAAUAAUAAGUCUUUUUCAUCAGCUGUUCCUCAAUCAAAUACAAACAAACCAACACUGCCACCUAAUCGGCCUGUAAUUAUAGAAAGAAAUCAAAAUGUGCAUCAACAGCAUAAGCCUGUGGUGCCGUCAAACAGGCCUAGUUUGCGUCCUCCAGUUUCAAAAUUACCGACACAAGAGAAGAAACAAAUAACGAAACCAGGAAGAAUAACAAAUAAUUCUAUGCCUCUGAUGGGCAUGUUCACCAAUCCGAAAUCUGUACCACGUGGUCUAUUGAAAUUUCCACCUCCACCCUCUGAACCACCACCGCCUCAGACGCCAACUAUACCUUCAGGAUUUCAACUUCCAUCCGUUAAUAACGAUCAUAAAAACAAUAAAAGUACAACAUGUAACAAAGAAAUGCAAACGGUUAAAGAAUCGAACACUAAACAAACAGUAAAUAAUAAUAACGAGGCAAGUGUGUCUCGAGUUCCAAAACCUAGACUACAGUUACCCAAAGUGAAAGCUUUAUACAACUACAGUCCUCAAGAUCUUGAUGAAUUAGAACUUAAAGAAGGCGAUGUUAUCGAGCUACUGAAAGAACAUGAAGGUGGUUGGUGGAACGGUAGACUGAAAGGUAAAAUAGGCCUUUUUCCAUCGAAUUACGUUGCUAAAAUGUAAAAUUCUGUACCAUUUAUACGGUUAGUAAAAUUAUUAUUUAAUUAUU